UGGAGUUAGGCUUAAAGUUCAAGUACCCUUGUACCCUGCCCUUCUCUAUCUCUAACUCAGGGUGAUUUGAUAAGGUAGUUAAAGGGUAGUAGGACUUUUGCUCCCUUUGUGCAACUGAAAGCAUUCUUACCUUCUUAGUGGCCCCCACUACCUGACUUGCCGUGGAACUCUCCAGAGCAUAGAAACAUCUGUUGCAUUAACAGAAGAAGAUGCUGUUUAACCUGAGGAUCUUGUUGAACAAUGCAACGCUUAGAAAUGGUCACAAUUCCAUGGUUCGAAAUUUUGGGUGUGGGCAGCCACUACGAACUCAAGUACAGCUGAAAGGCCGUGACCUCCUUACUCUUAAGAACUUCACAGGAGAAGAAAUUAAGUAUAUGUUAUGGCUAUCCGCAGAUCUGAAAUAUAGGAUAAAACAGAAAGGGGAAUAUUUGCCUUUAUUGCAAGGGAAAUCCUUAGGCAUGAUCUUUGAGAAAAGAAGUACUCGAACAAGAAUGUCCACAGAAACAGGCUUUGCUCUUCUUGGAGGACAUCCUUGUUUUCUUACCACACAAGACAUCCAUUUGGGUGUGAAUGAAAGUCUCACGGACACCGCUCGUGUGCUCUCCAGCAUGACAGAUGCAGUGUUGGCUCGAGUGUAUAAACAAUCAGAUCUGGACAUCCUGGCUAAGGAAGCAUCCAUCCCAAUUGUCAAUGGGCUAUCAGACUUGUAUCAUCCUAUCCAAAUCCUGGCUGAUUACCUUACACUCCAGGAACAUUAUGGCUCCCUUAAAGGUCUUACUCUCAGCUGGAUAGGGGAUGGGAACAACAUCCUGCAUUCCAUCAUGAUGAGUGCUGCGAAAUUCGGGAUGCACCUCCAGGCAGCCACUCCUAAGGGUUAUGAGCCAGAGCCUAGUAUAGUCAAGUUGGCAGAGCAGUAUGCCCAGGAGAAUGGUACCAAGCUGCUGAUGACGAAUGAUCCAUUGGAAGCAGCACGUGGAGGCAAUGUACUAAUCACAGAUACUUGGAUAAGCAUGGGACAAGAAGAGGAAAAGAAAAAGCGCCUUCAGGCUUUCCAAGGUUACCAGGUUACAAUGAAGACUGCAAAAGUUGCUGCCCCUGACUGGACAUUUUUACACUGCUUGCCCAGAAAACCAGAAGAAGUGAAUGAUGAAGUGUUUUAUUCUCCACGAUCAUUAGUGUUCCCAGAGGCAGAAAACAGAAAGUGGACUAUCAUGGCUGUCAUGGUGUCCCUGCUGACAGAUUACUCACCUACGCUCCAGAAGCCAAAGUUUUGAUGCUGUGAUGCUUGUCAAGAUGAAAACAAUGUACUCUAGCUACAGAAUGAGUCAGGUUAUGGGGAAAAGAGAAGAAUUUAAGAUAUUAAAAAAUCUGUACUACAUCACAUGAAUAACUGUCUGGUAUGGCUUUGUCAUUGUGAGAACUUCUCGAAGCCCUUCGAGUGCUGAGGCUCUGCAAUACUUGGCUUGACUUGAUUUAAACUCUCUUGAACUCACAAUUUCUAAAUUUACAAUUGGAUAUUAUAUUAAUUAGCAUAUAUAUUUGCUUCAUCUAAACAUAAUAUAAUGCAUAAUAUCUAAGCCAUUAAAUACAAUCUAUGCUCAUUACCUUAAUAAAUGAUUGCUUCUGCUAAUUUCCCAGGCACUCAGCUGUUAGUAGAUAUUUGGACUAUGUUCAUGUGCCUUAGGACCAAAGAGGGAGUCUAACGCUAUACAUUCAGCAAAUAGGGCACAGUAUUCAGGCCUGUAAGAAAGACAUUCAUUUACAGAGACUGAUGAUGAAAUUCUCAAAAAACAAUUACUUGCCCAUACUGAACUAUUUUUCCAAUCAUUUAAGGGAAAGGAAAAGAGUCAGGAGCAUGCAUCUCUCUGUAUAAUGAAUAGUUAUUACAAGUGGAAAGCAGCCUUUGUUGGCAAGUGGUGAAGCCACAGGUACCCAUCUAGGAAUGUGGUAUCUUAUUCCUAAUUCUAUUUUUUCCAAUAGAAGCAAUUUAAUUUCUUCACUCUAUACUUAUCAUGAACCUACUCUCUCUCUCUCUCACACACACACACACACAUCUAUUACUUGAACGUUUCAGUUUGUGUGUGUGUGUGUGUGUGUGUGUGUGUGUGUGUCUUUGUUUCAGGAUUAUCACAAUUCGAACUGCUGAAUUAUGCUAUAAUUCAAAGUAGAUUUCUCUUGUGAAUUGCCGAAAUUUGUAUUGUUGGAUUAGUGUGCUGUACUUUGCAAUGUUUUUAUUUGAAAUGUUAAAUGACAAAGGUGGAACAUUUUAAAAAUAACACAUUUUAUACAGGGCUUACUAAGGUAAUUUCCUUUAUGUUUAAAGUCUACUACUUAAAAAACAUGUUUCCAGUCAGUUUGACUGAUGACAUUCCUUAACAAACCUUUAUGGCUUGAAUGAAUAA